AUGAUUUUCGUCAGGGCGCCCAUUCCCACCUCAGUAGUAGAACCUGUUCACUGUGGAGAUGGAGUGGAGGCGCAAGCUGAUCGGCAACAUCUGAAAAAUUUUAAUAUUGUAGUAUAUAACCGGCUAGACGCUGGUGACCUACUGUCUCUAACAACACAGGAACUUGUGCUCAUUGCAGAGGACUUCAAUGCCCACCAUCCGACGUUCAAUUCGACUUCAAGAACGAACCAGGAUGGUAAACAAAGUACAUCGUCAUCGGUGCUGGGUGUGGUGAAGGAGGUGUUGGCCACAUUGGCAUAUUCCAAAUUCUCAGUCUUUUUCCUCACAGACGGCAGCACAUCUGCAUCCACCAUUUUCAAGUUGGAAGAGGAGCUGCCUAUUCCCGGAGGUGUUGGUGUUUUUGAGGUAGUGGUGGAGGGUCAAUAUAUUGACAAUAUAAACACGCAGCUUUCUCAUGUAAUCUGUGUAAUAAAACAGCUGCGGCAAAUGUCAUCACACACGACAAUUGUGCUCAUCAGCGACGACCCAGCCUUCCUCGCCGCCUUCGCCGAGUGGUCCCUCAAGAGCCGCCUCUUGGUGUGGUCGACGAGGCUCCUCGCCGUCACCCGCCUGCCCCUCCAGGAGCUCCACCACCUACAGAGAGCAUUUUCCAAGAUGAAUGCCGUGUUGGCCAUUAUCAACGAUGAUUCGACGAACCACCGGUUAUAA